AUGGGGCCGGACGUAUGGAAAUGGAACUAUGAGGUUGAUGGCUCAUUCUGUGUUGCAAGUAUCAAAAAGUCUCUUGGAUCGGCAGGUCGUGUAAGUCCAGAUCAUGUGUUUGAAUGGAAUAACUGGGUCCCCAAGAAGGUGGGUAUAGUAGCUUGGAGGGCCGACAUGGAGAGGUUGCCGACCAUGGCCGCGUUGGCGAGACGAAACGUACCGGUGCCGAACCAAAUGUGUGUUCUGUGUGGAGAUUAUGCAGAGACAUGCGAUCACAUUUUUGUCUCGUGUCACUUCGCUCAAUCGAUAUGGCAAAACUUGGCAAUUUGGUGUAGGAUGCCGCCGAUAAUAGCAUUUGGUAUCAAAGACCUACUCACAUUGCAUGGCCCAAGAUCGAGCUCGAGGGAGAGUAAAGCUAUCCAUGCGGUCAUUCUUGUCACCUUCUGGUCGAUAUGGAAAGUACGGAAUGAGGUUGUCUUCAAUCAAGCGGUCCCGAAUGUCGUUAAAUCCUUAGAUGAGAUUAAAUCGAUGGCGUAUUUAUGGGUGAAGAGUCGGUCAAAAAUGGCUUCUCUUUCAUGGGAAAAUUGGAGCCGUUUCAAUUUAGGGGCUAUGUAA